AUGCAUAUAGACAACAAAACCGAUCGUCAAGAGGCGGUAAUCAGACAAACGAGCGUGGCGGCAGGGGUGGUCGAGGUUCCUCAAAUUCCAAUAGAGGUGGCCCUGGCACGAAUCGAGGCGGCGGUAGAGGAAAUUCGGAUCGCGGAAGAGGAAGGGGUUCAGAUAGAGGUCGCGGUCGAUGACGUCGAAUGGCCGGCAAAAUUACCUGACCAACGAUCCGCCGCCGGCCACAGCGUCAACAUGCAGUCGACAUUCACUAACGGCCUGCAGAUCGGCAACGAUGGGCAAGCAACACCUCGACAACUCCUCCCGUUUGCUAUGUAA